ACACAUUCCUUUGACACUUUUUAUGUUUGGUGCAUGCCUGGAGCGGUUAAUUGACAUAUCUGCGACAUCUUGAUUGGAGGCAAAUUCGGGGUAGAUAGUGUCAACCUAUUCUCCCCCUCAUGACAAGCAACUAUUUUCCCCCGACCAAGUUUGCUGCAAGUCUACGAGAGGACGGCACCCAGCCGCCUGCAACCGGCCUGAACCCCACCCCUUUUGCAAACUCAACUCAUCGUUACGUCAACGCACCAUCUACUACGCCUGACUUUUCAAUGCCGGCAGCCGAAGAUACGAAGUUUGGCCCAGGCGCCCGCGUGGGCGGUAUGCCGGAGCGGCGGCUAAGUAUCUCGUCCAACUACAGUCGUGCCAGUGAGAUGGUUUUCGGCAAGGACGCGCUGCUCGGGCCCCGCCGUCCGCGUCCACACAAGAUCUGGAAGAAAAAGUACAUCAAGCUGAUCGUUGUUGGGGACUCGGGCUUGGGCAAGACCACAUUGAUCAAGUCCUUGAUUUCGAUCCCUGGAGAGCGGCUGCAGGUGCACGAUGGCAGUUACACACCGACUGAGCAAUUUCGUCGCGAUCCUGAUUCGCUCUGCUCGACUGUAAGCUGGCGCGAUGAGGAGGACCGUGUAAUUUGGGUAUACAAGAUCCAGGACACGCCUGGCUAUGGAGACGAGUUGGACGUGUUUCGCAACCUUAAAAUGGUGCAGGACUAUAUUGAGCUUCAGAACAGGAAGUGGCUGGAGAUGGAACAGUCCCGCGACCGUAAGGAGGACUUGGCAGAGCUGGAGGACCCCCGGGUGGACCUGUGCAUCUUCUGCAUUCCUCCCCACAGGCUGCGGCCCAUCGACCUCAAAUACAUGUUUGAGCUUGGUAAGCACGUACCGGUGGUGCCCGUGGUGACCAAGGCGGACACAAUGACCAUACGGGAGGCCAAUACGUACCGCACGGAGGUUGCGAACCGCAUUGCCAACCCCAUGGUGCCAGGCAUCCACGACAAGAUCAACGUGUUCAAGUUCGAGCGGGACACCCUCGAGCGCGCGGGUGUGCAAGACCAAGCUACUCCACAUCCGCCCUUCUUGGUUGUGGCAUCCAACGAUAUCUCCGAGGAGUUAGCCGCCGCAGAGCCUCCGCUCUUCUGGCCGGAGCGACGGUAUCCAUGGGGCACUGCUGAGGCAUUCAACAAGGAGCACUCAGACCUGCUCGCUGUCAGGGCAUUGCUUAUGAAGGAGGCGCUUGAGGAGAUCAGCAAGACCAAGCGCCAGCGUUACGAGGCCUGGCGCCGCUCGACACUGGGCGGUCUAAAGCUUGGCCGCAAGAUCGCUUCGGCUCUGAUGUGGACCAUCAUCCCAGCUGUUGUUUGCCUACAGGAUUCUGUGAUGCCCUCAUGGCCAUACUUCCGAACCGGUCUGAUCGUUGCUUUGCAAUUAAUUAUGCAGAUUGGCCGCGCGGGGGUCCGUGUGGACGAUGUGAAGAGAUUUGUCUCCGCGAACUUCAACAGGUCGUGGAGCAGGUGCCCCCAACUAUCCCCUCCCUUAUCUGGCGCCCGAGAGCCUCUGGCAGGUGUGCUGAGCUGGCGCUGUUUCUGUACCGUCGUACUCACCACCAACAACGUGUCAAACACUCGCUGGCCAGAGAUUCACUCGCUGGAGUCCAAGCUGCACGAGGAGUUGCCGCUGGCGUGCCGCCAUCGAGGCAGACUGGCUCCGCAGCGGCGGCGUCCCAGCACUGUCCGACUGCCGGGCCCCACCGAGCCCGAGAUUGACGCUACCUUUGGAUGCAGUGUGGCGGUGCUGCAUCGAGACCCCGAUGGCCACGUGGACAGGCUGCAGGUCCGGCUGGCCAGCACUGACUGCACUAUCACUGUCGGGCGCACGGUCAGCUACUACCAGAUGCUCAAUGGGGUACCCUAA